CAAACUGCUGCACAUAUCAUCGCAUCGGGGAGAAACGCAGGAUUUCCUGUGGUGUUGCUGAACUGGACACAUUCAAGUUUUAGAUUCGCAGAAGUACCUAGCCCAAUUUUACCCUCCAUCGAUUUAAUGUCUUAAUCAAAACCAUCUCAUUCGUACGUGCCCUAGACUACACCUCGACGUAGUUAGUCUGAAAAAAGUCGUCAAAAAUGUCCGAACCCACAGUGGCCGAUACUCGCCGGUUAAACUCCAAGCCGCAGGACCUGACGGACGCCUACGGCCCUCCCAGCAACUUUCUGGAAAUCGACGUGUACGACCCGCAGACUAUCGGAGUCGGCCGCAAUCGCUUCACCACUUAUGAAGUCCGGAUGAGGACAAAUCUUCCCAUUUUUAAACUGAAGGACUCGUGUGUCAGACGAAGAUACAGCGACUUCGAGUGGCUGAAGAAUGAGCUGGAAAGAGACAGCAAGAUUGUUGUGCCUCCAUUGCCUGGAAAGGCAUUGAAGAGACAGCUCCCCUUCCGUGGAGAUGAGGGCAUUUUUGAGGAGUCCUUCAUUGAGGAGAGACGAUCUGGGCUUGAACAGUUCAUCAACAGAAUUGCAGGUCAUCCUUUGGCCCAGAACGAACGCUGUCUUCACAUGUUCCUGCAGGAUGAAAGUAUUGACCGGAACUACAUUCCCGGAAAAGUACGGCAGUAGGGUUUUCCAAACUGGGAGGGUCUUCUUUCUUCAGUUGUCAGCUUCUAACUAUCUGCAAACAGUGCAGAGUAACGUUUAUUUUUACACCGAGCAAAAUCUAGAUGCGUGAUGAACCGUGCAGUACUUGGUUUUAUUUAACAGAUCAUGUUUUGUACAUGUGUCUGAGAGUUUCUCUUUACACACACACUUGUAUUUAUUUUACAUCUAUACAAUGCACUUGUUAGUGUGUGUGCACGUAUAAAAUGAUAUAACUAUACAUUAAGCUGUAGCACUGUAAAUCGAAGAGGGUUGGCUCAUAUUUUUGUCCUCUCUGGCGACUGUUGAUAGAACAUGUGCUUUUCGAUUUCAAGAGUCGAGGUGUCAUUCCAAAUAGCGUAAAUGCUUAAAACAAUAUUAAGGGAGCAAUGAGGAGCCGGAUAUUUGCAGCAGAUCAGAAAAAUGGUCAUAAAUAUAAAGCAUUACGCUGUUUACACAAAGCAGCAAGCUCAGAAAAUGUUCUGGGGUGUGUUUCAAACUCGUAUUAUUGAGUCAUACUUGUUUUUGUAGUCACGUGACCAUCAGCAGGACUGUAAAGUACUAGUCAGUAUUCAGAAUCAUAACCGGAACUUGGUGAUUUUGCUUCCUUAACCGUCCGAUCCGUCAUUUGAAUAUAAUUUGAAUGACCAUAUUAUACAAUUGAGCAUGUUGCAUUUCAAUCUGAUUAACUCUGUGAACGGACUUCAAUAUUUUUCAGACACGUGGAUUAUCAAGAAAUUGGAGCCUUUUAAUUCCAAUUUUAUGUGACAAGAUUUGGUUCUGAGACUAUUUUGGAAGAUUUAUGCUUUUGUUCAAAAAAGUCUUGGUGUUAGUAAAGAAAUAAGUUCAGAAAACGACUAAAUAUCAAUUAUAUAUCAAUAUACCCAAUAAUAGGCAUUUAGUAGUUGGAAGAGGUAUGUUCUAAAAACUGCUAUUGGAUUG